GCAGGGCGGGGGAGUGAGCUCCCCUUCCUCUAAAUAGCGGCUACAGAGACCCCCCCAACCCAAAGGGGCUGGUCCCUCCCAAGCCAUAGAACUGCCCCCAAUAGGGGGCGGGGCAUGGAACUAGGGGGCGGAGCUUGGACCUCGGGAGGCGGGACUAUGGGAAAGCCUGGAGCUGGGGGAGGGGUUCAGAGCUGGGAGGGAGCCUCAAGAUAGCUGGGAAAUUUCCUACUGCUACAACCCCACCCCACGUUGGCUGCGACACCCCCACCACUAUCACAAUGGGGUGUGGGGGGCAGAGGCACCUGGGGGUGCAGGACCAGCAGGCCUGGGCAGCGGGGGGGGGGGUCUCAGCUUACACGCAACAAGCCCGACACUCUCCAGGCUGCAAACAGAACCCAGGAGUCCAGGCUCCCAGCCCCCCCGGCUCUAGCCCACUAGACCCCACUCCCUUCCCAGAGCCAUGGAGAGAACCCAGGCGUCCGGGCUCCCUGCCCCUAUAUUCUAGGCUGGUGGGAAGAUGCAUGAGGAGUUCGUCCUGCCCUAUUACACGGCGGACUGCGACCAGGCGCGAGGGCUGAUGAACACGGCCAUGGGGCCACUGCAGCGCCAGCUCCGGGCCGGCGAGUACGAGAUCUUCCAGUACGCCCCCAUAUUCGAGAGCGACUUCAUACAGAUCAGCAAGCGCGGGGAGGUGGUGGACGUGCACAAUCGUGUCCGAGUGGUCACGGUGGGCGUGGCCUGCACCAGCCCCGCCCUCCUGGUGCCCAACGUGCUGCUGCUGGCCCGGCCCGUGGUCCUCUCCGAGGAGAGCCGGGGCCGCCGGGGUCCCCCUGCCAAGGCACUAGAGCUUACCAGGCUGCUCCCGCUGCGGUUUGUGAAGAUCUCAGUGCAUGACAGCGACAUGCGGCAGCUGCGGCUCAAGCUGGCCAGCGGCCGCUCGUUCUACCUGCAGCUCUGCCCCCAGGGCGACGCCCCCUGCGACCUCUUCGACAUGUGGGUGCAGAUCAUCAACCUCCUCCGGCCACCCGCCGAGGGGAGCUGCGGGGGCCAGGCUCUGCCCGGAGACCCCGGGGCUUUCGGGGAACCCCUGUUCCGAGGCAUCAGCCAGGACACCACCGGGAGCCUGGAGUCACUGGCCGCCGAGGAAGGGGGCCCGGAUGCCUUGAGCGUCCGCAGUCUCCGGACCGCCAGCCCCUCCAGGGAUGACCCAGAGAGCUUGCGCAGCCGGACCCCCCCCAGCCUCAGCCCCUCGCUGCCCCGCAAGCCGCCCAGCGUGGGGAGGGGGUCGCAGCGGGGCGGGUCCACAGGGGAGCGCAGGAGCCAGGCUGAGUCGCCGGGGGGGUCACCGGCCCCCCAGGAGAGGAACCAGGGCAGCCUGCAGGGCAGCCAGGGGAGCAGCCCCUCGAGCAAGAAGAAAGAGUCCAGCAGGCGGGCAGAUCGAGGAGGGGGAGCCACACGGAGCAAAUCAUCGCAGACCCGGGCUGCAGGCAGGAAGCCCAGCCGGAUCCUGUCGCUGGUGAAGUCUCUGUCCCGCGCCAGCCUGGGCCGGGGCGACAGCCGGGGCCGCCCCCCCAAGGACAAGAAGAAGAGGCGCUGAGGGGAGGAGCCAGCGGCACGUGGGAGGAGCCAGUAGCGAAGGGGGAGGGGCAUGGUGGAGAAAGGGGCGGAGCCUCCUGGGGCAAUUGGGGAGGAACCUGCCUGGGAGCCCAAUAAAGUCUCAGUUACCAGCAA